AUGAGCGGAACUCCGGAUGAAAAUGGCGUGGACCAUUGGUCCUGUGUCGACGAAUUCCCAGAACACCUGAAGAAAUACUGGUUCCAGCGCUUCAAGAUCUGGGAGAAAUAUGACCAGGGUGUGUGGAUGACCGAGGACGCGUGGUUUGGCGUGACUCCAGAACCCAUUGCAAAUAAGAUUGCCGCGCACAUUGCAGAGUCGGCGCCAAAAGAGAAGACGGUUAUUGUCGACGCGUUUGCGGGCGUAGGUGGUAAUGCUAUAGCGCUGGCGCGUUCUGGGCGCUGGGAACGCGUCUUUGCGAUUGAAAAGGACGCCCAAACGCUCAAAUGCGCAAAGCACAAUGCCGAAAUCUAUGGCGUGAGCAACAAGAUCUUCUGGCUCAAUGCAGACUGCUUCGAUGCUGUAAACCGGUUCGCGGGCCAGAAGAACGUCGUGGUCUUUGCUAGCCCGCCUUGGGGAGGGACAGAGUACGGGGCGGACAAUGUCUUCGACCUUACCAAGAUGGAGCCUUAUAAUCUCGACAAGCUCUACAAGAGUUUUACGAAAAUCAGCAAGGAAGUCGUAUUGUACCUGCCGAGGACGUCGGAUCUCAAUCAGAUUGCUAGGUAUGGCCACGAUGGAAAGAAGCUCGAGGUGGCUCACUAUGCUAUGAUGGGCGCUAGCAAGGCUCUAUGUGUGUAUUUUGGAGAUUUUGAUUUCGAGUUGGAGCAGGAAGAUUCAUAGCAUAUUCAAGCAUCUCCCAGCUUCAAUCGAUGUCAGGUACCACCUUUUCCAGCCACGCACACAAGUCCCUGAGCUCUGUGCCGACCAUGGAAUGGCCCAUGCCUUGGUACUCUCUGGUCGUUAUGUUUUCCUCUUUAAUUCCAAGCUGCAAGAGCCGCUCAUAGCAUAGCCGAUGAUACCGCGCGGGCACCAAUCUGUCACCCGUUCCCCUCGCUAAGACUACCUCUGUUUCUUCACUCAUCUCCUUGGGCAAACCUGCCUCCUCCCUCAGCACUGAUAUGCGGUCCGAUAAUGGAAGGAAACCAGACAGCCCGACCAGUCCUCC